AUUUUGUUUUUCUGAGAUAUCGUGUUCGUGUUCUCGUAAGAAAACAUGAGCAGACCAGGAGAUUGGAACUGCAGGUCAUGCCAGCACUUGAACUUCCAAAGGAGGGACAACUGCCAACGUUGUGGGGAAUCCCGGUCCGGUGGAUUUGGUGCUCGCAGAGCAUCGACGUUCGGGUUUACCGCUGCGGCUACCGGCUCGGAUGUUCGACCUGGUGAUUGGUACUGCACCGCCGGAAACUGCGGCACUCACAAUUUCGCCAGCCGGUCGACUUGCUUCAAUUGUGGCACGUUCAAGGACGAGUCAGCCGUCGGAGGUUUCGACUUUGAUAUGACUCGGUCGAGAGGAUUCGGAGGAAAUCAAUCCGGUUGGAAAUCCGGCGACUGGUUGUGUACAAGGUCGGGUUGCAACGAACAUAAUUUCGCUAGCCGAAUGGAAUGUUUCAGAUGCGGUGCUCCAAGGGACUUCAGCAAUAGAACUUCAUACUAAAACACAUGCUAAACGUACCACCCAUUUUUGGGUGUUUGAAGGCAAUUUAAGUGAGACAUGGGG